AUGGCUACAACUGCAGUAACAUCGAAAACAAAAGCAACAGACAAAAAUACAGGUUCAGCGUCAGCUACGAAUGAUACACCGAUUACUGAAGAAGAAUUAAAGAAAAAAGAAUCGAUUACUGUGAGCGAUGUACUGCGUUUAAAGAAAUCUACGACAGACUAUCUAACGGAAACCGAUGAAAAUGUGUAUAAAAUUGAUUUCGUUCAUUUUCGAAUUCGUGAUAUGAAAACAAAUAAGGUUCUCUUUGAAGUUCAACGAGAUCCUGACGAAGAUGAUAUUAUGGAUGAUAUUGAUCCAACAGCUGGUCGUUUUGUUCAAUAUCGUUUUCCUCAGGCAUUUCUUAAACUUAAGCAAGUCGGCGCUCUAGUUGGUUUUAAAGUUGGUGAUCGUGAAGUUAAAUCUUUCCGCAUGAUUGAACGUCAUUUUUUUCGUGAUCAACUUAUUAAAUCAUUUGAUUUUGAUUUUGGCUUUUGUCCUCCAAAUACAACGAAUUCAAUUGAACAUAUCUACGAUAUGCCUACUAUUGAUUCUAAACAAAUGAGAGAAAUGAUUGCUCAUCCAUAUGAAACCAAAUCUGAUAGUUUCUAUUUCGUUGACAAUCAAUUAAUCAUGCAUAAAAAAGCAACAUACGCGUUUGAUCUCGAUGCUCUGCACUAG